GGGACUCUUCCCAGAACUCCGGCGGGCUUUAGGACCCGGGCGCCCAGACGGAGAGCUGUGGCGUCAUCAGCGGAGUGACCAUGCUGUAGAUGCUGCAACACCUGGUUCCUGUCACCACCACUGUGAAUAAUCUGUAAUGGCUCAGAAAACAGGACUCGGGCGGAGGUAUAUCAGAGCUUUUGUCAGCGGCUUUUUCGUAGCAGUUCCCGUGACUGUGACCGUUUUGGACCGACUUGCCUAUGUAGCGCGAGUGGACGGUGCCUCCAUGCAGCCCUCGCUGAACCCGGAGGGAGCCUCAGCGCCUGAUGUUGUGCUUCUCAACCGCUGGAGUGUGAGGAACUAUCAGGUGCAGCGCGGGGAUAUCGUGUCAGUUGUGUCCCCCAAGAACCCAAAACAGAAGAUCAUCAAGCGAGUUAUUGCUCUCGAGGGAGACUUUAUCAAGACUCUGGGCUAUAAAAACCGUUACGUAAGGGUUCCAGACGGACACCUGUGGAUCGAGGGCGAUCAUCACGGCCACAGCUUCGACAGCAAUACAUUUGGACCGGUCUCUCUUGGGCUCCUCCAUGGCAGAGCGUCUCACAUCAUCUGGCCCCCAAACCGGUGGCAGAAGAUCAAACCGUCUGUUCCUCCUGACCGCAGACCUCUGCUCAGCUGGGGAGGAUCAACAGAAGAUGAGGACGACGAUGAUGAUGAUGAUGAAUAAAAAUGACCUUUUCAGAUUACCACACAGCCACAUUACCCUCAUCUACAGAUCAGCUGUGGACUGGACUGUAACAUGUAUGAGCUGGUUGAAAGGCCAAAUCAGUGUUGAAGAGAAGCUUUUUUUGUAGAACCAUUAAAUCUGACAGUUUUAGUUUGAUCUAACAGUCCUGUAUUUAGUUCUGUUUAUAGAACUAUGAAUUAAAAGGGGUUUAUGGCCAUUGAACGAAUACAUAUAAGCCUUUUAAAAACUGCUGGGCCAUGUUUCAGUUAUCUUCUGUUGUGUUACUACAAAAAAAUAAAUAAUGUGGAUGCAGUAAUUUUUCCAGAUAA